AUGUCGGUAACGUAUUGACAAAAGUGGGGCCGUGUAUCCGUGAUGUUAUUCACUAUCGACAAAAGAAGUGAACAUAAAUUAUCUACCGAUAGUCGUUUUCCUAUUGUAAAUUAGAUAAAAAUCUCUGUUUUGUUUUAUUAAUUACCCACAUUUACGCGUCAAAAAGCUUGGGUGCUCUGGUUGACAUUCGAUCGAAGAAUUCAGCACGACUGUCAGUCUAAAUUUUAGCAACGGUUUUAACCCGUGAGUACCCUGAAGUUGACGCUGUAGCGGUGAUGCUUGUGUGGUAAGCUGGAAACGCUGUGGAUGCAGAUCUAUUUAUCGAACGUGGUCAAAUUUUUCGUUCGAUAAAACAAAGCCACCGAGAGACGCGGUAAACUUUCUCAAAAAUAUUACCUUGAACCUAGCCACGAAUUAAUUGUCAGCCUCAGCCAAUGAUAAAGAGAUGAGCUGUUCUCUUUCAUCGCGAAUCCAUAUUUCAAACCGCGAAACGCGUGUUUCCUCGUUUUCGAUGCCUUGUAUGUAAACAAUUUACGAUUAUUACCACACUGCGCAAGAAACACGAAGACAAGAUCUCGAUUUCCAGCACAAAGCAAUUACCGUGCCCCCGACUCGACCGGCCUUUGCUUGCUGUUGACAAUGCUCCGAAAUUCAUCGCACCAAAUAGAUCGGAACUCAAGUAACGGCUGCCAAAAACUAUAAACGAACUGAAUACAUUGAGAAUAAAAAAUGAACAAGAAAUUGAAAUUGAAUAACUUGACUGCCUCGCCGAGAUAUACAAGGUCAAUGAAAAAACCACAGAUCGUAGAACCUGUGAGCGGCGCGACAGCGACAACCUCGGAAAACACCACUUCACAAUAUUUUUUAAACAAAUUAACAGAGAAAAAAUUACAAGCAGACACCCGCGAAGUGUUGGUCAAAAAACACAAAAAUCCGAUCAAAGUGGAAUAUGAAUCAGAGCCUGAUCAUGAGAGAAAAGCUGGAGAAGCAGCAUUGCUGCAAACAGAGAUUGUGAAGUCUGAAAUGGAUGAAAAAUGGGAGCCCGCUGACUGGCGAGUCAUCUUGGAUAACAUCCUUGAGAUGAGAAAGAAUCACACAGCUCCCGUCGAUUCGAUGGGCUGCCACAUGUGUUCAGAUCCGAACGCAAACCCAUCUGAUGCUAGAUUCCAGGUUCUUGUCGCUCUGAUGCUCAGUAGCCAGACCAAAGACGAAGUAACCCAUGCCGCGAUGAAGAAACUGAAAUCUCACGGCUGCACGCCUGGAAAUAUCAAAAUCACCUCAAAGGAAACACUCGGGCAGCUGAUUUAUCCCGUCGGUUUUUGGAGGCGAAAAGCUGAGUAUAUAAAAAAGACUACAGAUAUACUGUUACAACAAUAUGGUGGAGACAUACCAAAGACAGUAGAAGGCUUGUGCAAGCUGCCUGGAGUUGGUCCGAAGAUGGCUCACCUCUGCAUGCAGGUUGCGUGGGGUGAAGCUUCUGGGAUUGGAGUGGAUACGCACGUUCACCGAAUAUCAAAUCGUCUCGGCUGGGUGAGAAAGCCAACAAAAACACCGGAACAGACUAGGGUGCAGCUGCAAUCGUGGUUACCUAAAGAGAAGUGGGUCGAAGUGAAUUACAUUUUGGUCGGAUUUGGUCAAGAGAUUUGUCUACCCGUGCGGCCAAAGUGCUCAGAUUGUUUGAACGUCAAUAUUUGUCCUUACGGUGCAGAUUUUAAAACCAGCUGGUCCCAAUCAGUCGCGUCAUCUGGAUGUGAAUACGCUCAUUAUCAAUUUCAAUAUGCAGAUGAUGUAAACUAAGUUGGACGCCAAGUAAACCAGAAAUGUGAUCCAGAGGACGAUCAUCGUUCUUUCGUGCUGAGGGUUCAAUUGGGAAACCGGGACGUUCAGCGCUGGUUUCUCGGUGCAAGUGAUCAGCAAGAUGAUGAAAAGACGUGUCUAGUGAUACAAAUUUAUCUCGAGGUUAACGUAGAGCGUAAAACUAAUGUUCAAAUAUGUACGCAGCUUAACACCUGCUUAUUGUUAUUACAUCCCACUCGAUAUCGUUUUACGUUUCUCUGUCACGCGGUUUUUAUUUUUUAUCCUCUUCUACUUCUUCUUCUUCUUCUUCUGCUUCUUUUUCUUUGCAGAUAAUUACAGUCGUGCCUUCGCCUUGAUAUCCAUACAUUACGUACGUAGCUCAAUUUUAAUCCUUCGACAAUCCUGAAUUUUACAACAUUCUUUUUUUAUCCGUCUAAUUUUUUUCCUUUCUGCAAUUCCUUCUCCUAUAUCCGUGAAAACUUUUCUCUCGUCUGAGAAAUUCGAUCAUUCAUUCAAUCGUUCAUUGUUCUAAACUUCUUUACUCGAUUAUUUAUUUUUUUAACUUGUAUCAAAUUCACUUGUUCAAUAAUAAUUCAAUAUAUUUACUCAUUGAUCUGCUCGCUAUGUUAAAUGAACCGUUUAAUUCACUCAUUUGUUCGAUUCAUUGGAGAUUAUUAUACGGUUAAAGAACAGUGCAAUAGAUGUAUAAAAAAAAAUUAUUUAAAUGAGUACAGACACGAUUUGUGAUUAUUCGGAAUUUUCUAAUCUCGCGAAAUAAUUCUCCUUGAUUCUUAUCUAAUCAUAUAUCACGUCUGCUUGUCUAUUAGUGAAUAUUAAUCGAUGUCGAUUACCUUCAAAUAAAUAUGCCACGUGAUUUAUUCAUAUGGCAAUAAAUAAUAAUAAUAAUAAUGAUACCAUCACGUGCCUACGCCUAUGACGAAACAAAUUCGGCGUAGUUAGAAACUAUCAAAGUUUAAUUAGUUUACGAAUAGAGUAGAAUUGUUUUUAUUGUUACGCUAACAGACGAUUGCUCACAAUGACGAAUGGAGUAAUUAUCUGCAAAUCGCCUGGAACUAAAUUUACGAUGUUUUUCAUUCGUCAAUGUAUGUAAAGAAAUAUAAUAAUACA